ACAGGAUGACAUUUACAGUGUUUGCUCUCUACCUCACGUGCUUGCUUUGGGGGGAAAUGGACUGUGGUUUUGUAUCGGUAAACACUGGGGACAAGUUGACAUUGCUAUGUUUCUAUGAAAGCGCAGUGGCUCCAAGAAUUUACUGGAUUAAGGAAACCCUUGGACAGAAACCAAGGCUCAUUUCUUCCUUCUCUAAAUAUAAUGUAAAAAAGACUUUUCAUAAUGAGUUCAAGAACAAUUCACGCUUCACACUGGAUACAGAGGAUGGAAAUAACCACCUGACAAUCACUGAUUUACAGAUUUCAGAUUCAGCUAUGUACCACUGCAUUAAAUAUGUAUAUACAUUAGAGUUUUCAGAGAGCACUACAGUCAGUGUAAGGAAUCCAGGGUUAAGUGCCCAAGUUUUGGUCCAUCAGUCAACAUCAGAGCCCAUCCAGCCAGGAGGCUCUGUGACUCUGAACUGUACAGUACACAAUGCGAGCUGUGAUGGAGAACACAGUGUUUACUGGUUCAAAUACUACAAAGAUUCUCAUCCAGGACUCAUUUACAGCCAUGGAGGCAGGAAUGAUCAGUGUGAGAGGAACACCAACACACAAACACACACCUGUUUCUACAACCUGCCGAUGAAGAGCCUGAAUCUUUCUCAUGCUGGGACCUACUACUGUGCUGUUGCCUCAUGUGGACACAUACUGUUCGGAGGCGGGACCAAGCUGGACUUUGAGCAUGAGCUGGACCUACUUCUGUUGGUGUAUUUCUUGAGUGGUGCUUUGGCAUUCACCACCAUCCUGGUUGCUUUACUGGCUUUCUCAGUGUGCACAAUGAAAAAGAAAAACAGCUACUCGGAGUCUAAAGCAAGAUUUUCAGCCCCUUCCACAGCAGAUGCAGAGGGUGACCAAGACGCAGAAAGCCUCCAUUAUGCUGCUUUGAGUGUUAACCUGCCCAAAAGAUCAAGACGACAGAGGAACGGCACCAAUGAUGAAUGUGUGUACUCCAGU